AAUUCCGUAAAAGUACAGAAAAAUCGACCAUAAUCCCCUGGCAAGUGUCCAACUAAGCCAUGCUGGCGAAGAUUUUCCUGUGUUAAAAAUAAUCAUGUGCAUUCCCCACUAAAAAGUUAUUUAUAUUAGUCGAACAUUCGCACUAGGUCCACGUCCGAGUCUCGUUCCGUCGUUCUCUCGAAUUACAGCAUGAUAAAUUAGAAACGUCCUAAAAGUAGAAUUAAAGGGGCCAAGCAAUUAUUUAAAGGGGUAAAACGGUGAAAAUGAGUGAUAAGUGUGCGGUGUGUAGUGAACCGGCGGAAUUGAAAUGUUCCGCUUGUAAAUUAGUGUCUUACUGUGGAAAAGACCACCAGAAAAAACACUGGAAAGAACACAAAAAUCUGUGCCGACCUAUUGAGAUAAAAGAUGAUCCUGAAAUCGGAAAAUGCUUGAUUGCUACCAGAGAUUUAAAAGUGGGGGAUAUCAUCCUCUCGGAACUUCCCCUUGUUUACGGCCCCAGACCCCACAUGGUAGAAGAAGGUCCUGUUCCCUGUCCCGGUUGUUGCCGGUUAAUUAUCGGGGAACAGUCGGCGAGAUGUGAAGGCUGCGAUUUUCCAAUUUGUAAUCCAGGAUGCGAAGGUCUAAAAGACAUGGAACGACAUGGGCACGAAUGUUGUGUACUUGGAUUAAGGGACGUUUCCGCAAUUAACGGACUGCACGAAUUCUAUCGUCAAGACGCACUUCUUGCCCUAAGAUGCAUACUGCUUCAGAAAAGACAUCCGAAAAGAUUCGCUCAACUUUUAGAAAUGGAAAGCCACAUGGAUAAACGCGGAGAGGGCACCGACAUUUACAGGGACGUGGAUCAACGAAUCGCAGACUAUCUCAUCAGCAACUUUUUCGAUCCGAUGCGCAUCCUGGAGGGGCGCACAGGAAAACAAGUCAUGACGGAAGUGUCCCGUGAAGUGAUCCACAAAGUGUGCGGUAUCAUAGACGUGAACGCCUUGGAAAUCAACCAGGAUGCAGAGGUUUCGGCGAUUUACCCCACCGCCUAUUUGAUGGAGCACAGUUGUUUACCCAACACUGCUCACAUCUUCGACGGUGCGGCCGGCUCUUACAAGAUUACGAUCAGAGCAGCUUUGCCUAUUAAAAAAGGCGACCACAUUACCACGAUGUACACCCAUGCGUUGUGGGGCACUCAAGCUAGAAGGGAGCAUUUGAGGGAAACGAAGUACUUUUCGUGCAAAUGCCAGAGAUGUUCUGAUCCCACGGAACUUGGUACCUACUUGAGUGCAUUGAAAUGCAUGGGUAUGAAUCCGGAUGAGCCUUGUGGAGGUAUUCAAUUGCCGUUGAAUCCUUUGGAUGAUAACACCGAAUGGGCUUGUGAUAAGUGUGAUGUUAAGUUGACCAAUCAGGAAGUCUACUUUUUGACGAAUCAAAUAGGAGAAGAAGUGGAUAAUGUACAGUUGUCAAAUCCAACUGUAAGAGAAUUGGAUACACUUUUGACUAAACUUUUGAACUUCCUCCACCCGAACCACUAUCAUGCAUAUUCAAUUAAACAUUCUUUAAUUCAACUUUAUGGUUAUCAACAAGGUUACAUGCCCAAUCAAAUCACAGAUGAUUGUCUUGUCAAAAAAGCUGUUAUGUGCAGAGAAUUAUUAGAAAUUACUAAAAAAAUAGAUCCAGGAAAUGCCAGACUUCCUUUAUACACUGGUGUGAUUUUGCAUGAACUUCAUCUGGCCAAUAUGAUUUUAAUCAAACGAAAAUGGGAUUUGGGCAUGAAAACAAGGGUGAAGUCGAUAAUCAUUAUGCUGAAAGAAUGCAAACGUUGCUUACAAGAAUGUAAAAACGUUCUGAAAUUUGAACUAACCACUCCAGCAGGAGAAAAACUGAACAACAUCAUCGACACCUCCACUAAAGAGUUCUACAAGUUCGUCGAAAGAAACAAAAUUGAUUUAAACCAAGAGGUUGAAAAGUAAUUUAUUCUCUUUAUUAAAUAACAAUAAAACUGCUUUGUAUUUACUCACAAACAUUUAUUAAACAUA